AUGAAGCCUAAGACAAUUACCCAACGUCCCAUUAACAGAUCUCAAUACAUCACGCAGCCAGAAAAUACUGACAAAUAUAGGGUAAUUGAAAAAAUUGGCUCUGGAACUUUCGGAAACAUCUACGCUAUCGAAUAUUAUGAUAGAAGAAGACUGGCAUUGAAAAAAGUUUUACAGGAUCCAAAAUACAAAAACAGAGAACUCACUAUGAUUCAAGCACUUAGACAUCCAAAUUGCCUUAAACUUCAUCAAUACGAGCUUAAACGUGAAGGUGACCAAGAAUUUUUAUAUAUUUUCACAGAUUUACUCCCAACAGAUUUGCAUAAAUAUCUACGAAAGAACAAAAUCACAACAUCUCUUGCCAAAAUAUUUGGAUAUCAAUUAUUCAAUGGACUCGACUAUUUACACAAAAUAAAUAUAACACAUCGCGAUAUAAAAUCAUCAAAUAUCCUUGUAGACCCAGAUACAGGAAUUUUGAAAAUUUGCGAUUUUGGUUCUGCCAAAGAACUUAAAAUAAACGAAGCAAGUGUUUCAUACAUUUCUACCAGAUCAUAUCGCGCCCCUGAGUUACUAUACGAAUCUCAAUUUUACACAUCUAAAAUUGAUGUUUGGGCUGCAGGAUGCGUCUUAUCAGAGAUGUUUAAAGGAGGAGAUGAGAUAUUCCAUGCAGAUUCAAAUCAAAGCCUCAAACAGAUUAUUCUUAAUUUCAUUGGUACUCCUACGAUAAGUGAUUUUCAUGAUAUGAAUCUUCAGCUUCAACCACAGUUUUAUCAUCCAGGAAUAGGUAUAGAGCAUGCAUUUAACGAGCCUCUUGAUCCAUUGCUCUUGGAUCUUCUCAAGAAAAUAUUUGUAUACUCACCUGUUCUUAGAUAUACUGCUGAACAGGCAAAAUAUCAUCCAUUCUUUGCUGAAGUUAGGAAUGGUACAGCACGAUUGCCUAAUGGAGCUCUCUUCAGAAUGCCAAUAGAAUAA